AUGUUGGCCCUGACGCCUCCGAUCAGCAAUCUACAGUCUACUUACUCGUCCGGAGUCGCCCCGGGAAUUCAGUUUGCUCUUGAUUUGACCGACAACACCGCGGCCAUGUCGGAGAAGGAGGAUUUUUUGCUUUCCAGGCAGCAGCAAGAUACCGCUAUCUCGAGAUCGCUGGCUGACCCCUCUGCUCCGUUUGCCUUUCCGAGAUUCGCACAGUGGCCACCGUCCACCUACGAUCCCUUUGCAGGGGAGGUUGGUGGUCGUAUAUCUCCAGAGCGAUCGGAGAGGUUGCGGCAGAGGCUUCCCCCAGAGAUACAUGGCCCAACCCGUAUGCCUGCGGCGACCGCUGUCGGUGAUCCAUUCCGACCGCUCUCAUUUGUAUCACAGUCAUCCACGUUCGCCACGGAUGCCGGCUCGUAUCCGCCGCACGGCCUGCCGCCAAGGUCAAAUCCCGACGACCAGAACAUCGCGCUGCGAAGACAAAGCCAGGACAGUUUUAUCCUUCAGACAGGGUCUCCCACGAGUCAAGGCUAUGUAGAAUACGACUUGGAGACGCAGAACCGACGGACUUCGGAGAUGGGCAGGACCGCAACCCGCUAUCACACGCGGAGACGACCAUUUAACCAGGACGAGUUCGACGGUCCUUCUCAACUGCUUCCGUUACCGGUGCCACAACAAGAGCACGCACGGUCGCAAGCACUGCCCACACUGCCGGUCCACCUCGACGUCGAAGAGCAGGACAAAAUCACAUCCCGGGUGAACGACAUCUUGUCCCGAUGUGCCUUUCACUUUGUGGCCAAAUAUCAGUUUCCCAUCCCGCUGGAAAGGGACAAACCCAGGGUCCGCACGCCAGGGGACCGCGAGUGGACCGAGUGGGCAUAUUUGUUGAAGAGACUGGCCACCAAGCGAAGGAUCCCAGCCCGUGUGCUCUACGACAACCAAAUCAAACAGUUCGUCACGACCUUAGAAAACUCGAUCGCCGUCAAGCAAAACAACAGAGACCAGCAGCCCAGAACGCCCAAAGACGACCGGUACAUGCUGCAACUAGUCAGCGCAGCCACGCAGGUCGCGAAGAUCCUGAUGGAUUCAUUGUCUAUGGAACAGCUCGAUGCUCUGUAUAGGCAAACCGAGAGCGUAAUCCUCGAAAGAAGAGCCAGACUCCGAGAAUUGGGAUUUCAGUGA